AACCCAGGUACGUGUCAAUUUAUAUUCCAUAGGAGGCAGCAUCUCUCUUGAGAGAGUUGACCACCAAAAUUCAAGACGUAUGUGGCCUUGAGACAAGUUGCAAUUUUUUUAUCUCUUCAUCCAUUGGAUGCAGUGGCCCGUUUGACUCUAUUCCCCCUCUCAUAGGCAUCUUUAAUUUCUUUCACCAUUGCCUCUGCUCUCACACCUUUGGGUGAAAUUUAUAACAAAAUGGUGGUCACCAGCACCAGUGAAUUGCCAGGGGACUACGAUCGAGCAAGUGAAUUAAAGGCUUUCGAUGAGUCCAAAGCUGGUGUAAAGGGACUCGUUGAUGCCGGGGUCUCUCAAGUUCCCCGGAUAUUCAUUCAACCACUGGAGAAAUCGAGGGCCAAUGUAAACACCCAAUUCAAAUUUCCAGUCAUAGACCUCCAAGGCAUGGAUACGGAUCGAGUUCAGCGCAAACAGAUCGUAGACAAGGUCCGGGAGGCGUCAGAGACGUGGGGUUUCUUCAACGUGCUGAACCAUGGGAUCCCAGUUACCGUGCUGGAGGAGAUGAUGAAUGGGGUACGCAGGUUUUAUGAACAAGAUACUGAGCUGAAGCAGGAAUUUUACACCCGAGAUGUGUCGAGAAAGUUGGUGUAUAAUAGCAAUUUUGAUCUAUACACAGCUAAAGCAGCUAGUUGGAGGGACACCUUUUAUUGCCUUAUGGCUCCUCAUCCUCCCAACCCACAAGACUUACCAGCGGCGUGCAGGGAUAUAUUGAUGGAGUACAAGGAACAAGUUAUGAAAUUGGGGUUUAAAUUGUUGGAGUUAAUGUCAGAGGCUUUGGGGCUCAAUCCCAACCACCUAAAAGACAUGGAUUGUGCAGAGGGGCUUGCCAUGGUGUGUCACUACUAUCCAGCAUGCCCUCAGCCAGAAUUAACCUUGGGCACCGGCUUCCACACUGAUAACGACUUCCUUACUGUCCUACUACAAGACCAGAUUGGAGGCCUCCAAGUUCUUCAUCAGGAUCAGUGGGUUGAUGUCCCCCCAAUGCCUGGAGCUCUUGUAAUCAAUGUUGGAGAUCUUCUACAGCUCAUUACAAAUGACAGGUUUAAGAGUGUAGAACACAGAGUACUGGCAAACCAUACUGGGCCAAGAGUCUCAAUUGCAUGCUUCUUUAGCACAUCCGUCCAGCCAUCCUCAAAGCUUUAUGGACCUAUCAAGGAAUUGUUAUCUGAAGAGAACCCAGCAAGGUACAGGGAAACCACAGUGAGCGACUAUGUUGCCCACUUCCAAGAGAAAGGGCUUGAAGGGUCCACUGCUCUGCAGCUUUUCCGGCUCUAAAAAGAGUGACUACCAUACUACUGUCUCAAAUACUUAAUGGCUAAUAUCCUUGUAUAAAUGUGCUAUUGAAUAUCAUAUUUGCCCACAUAUUGAAACUUGCUAUGUUUUU